GCCAUUGUAUUAUAUAUACACUAGACACAUGCAUGUUAUUUACUGAGUAGGAAGAAACAACAAUAUUUACUGGCCAGUUUAAUUAAUAGGAAAAUAUGGAAGAUUGUUUGAAUGAGAAGUUUGGUGGAGUGAAGGCGAAGCAUUCAUCGUUGGAGGUGUUGCAGAAAUGGAGGGAUGCGUGUUGCCUUGUAAAGAACUCGAAACGAAGGUUUCGUUUCACUGCCAACAUCCAGAAACGCAACGAAGCUGAUGCUAUGCGCCGUAAUAAUAAGAACUUGAGGGUUGUGAUCUUGGCGUCAAAGGCAGCAUAUCGUCUUAUCAAUUGCGCAGAAGCCAGCAGCCACACGGUACCUGAGGAAUUCAAGGCAAAUGGUUUUGGUAUCAGUGCGGAUGAUGCAUGCUUCAUCGUUGAAAGCCAUAACCCCGAAAAGCUAACACGUCAUGGCGGGGUAGAUGGUCUUGCAGCCAAGCUCAAAACAUGUACCACCAAUGGGCUUGCUAUGGAUGACCAAGAGCUGACCUGCAGACAACAACUGUUUGGAACCAAUGAGUUCACUGAACGCGAACGACGAAGCUUUUGGGUGUUCGUAUAUGAAGCACUUCAAGAUAUGACCCUUAUGGUUCUUGCUGUAUGUGCCUUUGUUUCACUGAUCGUUGGCAUAGCAACCGAAGGAUGGCCAACGGGUGCCCACGAUGGCCUUGGAAUUGUUGCUAGCAUCCUGUUGGUGGUGUUUGUAACCGCAACAAGCGAUUAUCGUCAAUCUCUACAGUUUAGAGAUUUAGACAAAGAGAAGAAGAAAAUAUCCAUUCAAGUUACUAGAAACGGGUACAGACAAAAGCUAUCGAUAUAUGAACUACUUCCUGGUGAUAUAGUUCAUCUUGCUAUCGGAGAUCAAGUCCCUGCAGAUGGACUUUUUCUCUCCGGGUUUGCAGUCUCGAUUGAUGAAUCUAGUUUGACCGGAGAAAGCGAGCCGGUCAAAGUCAACACCGAGAAUCCUUACUUGUUGUCUGGAACUAAAGUUCAAGACGGUUCAUGUAAGAUGUUAGUUGUAACAGUUGGCAUGAGAACUCAAUGGGGAAAACUAAUGGCGACUCUUACUGAAGGUGGAAACGAUGAAACCCCGUUACAAGUUAAAUUAAACGGGUGUGCGACCAUCAUUGGAAAAAUCGGCCUUGUGUUUGCUAUAGUGACGUUUGCGGUUUUGGUACAAAAAUUAUUCGCUAGUAAGAUCAUAGACGGGAGUCAAUGGAGUUGGUCCGGUGAUGAUGCACUAAUGUUGUUAGAAUAUUUCGCUAUUGCGGUUACAAUUGUUGUGGUUGCAGUUCCAGAAGGGCUGCCAUUGGCCGUCACAUUGAGUCUUGCGUUUGCGAUGAAGAAGAUGAUGAAUGACAAAGCGCUUGUUCGAAAUCUAGCCGCGUGUGAGACCAUGGGGUCCGCCACAACUAUCUGCAGCGAUAAAACCGGGACGCUAACCACUAACCACAUGACCGUUGUCAAAUCAUGCAUCUGUUUGAAUGUCAGCAACGACAUCCAUGAAAGUGCUAAAAAGAUUCUUGUGCAAUCCAUAUUUACGAACACAGGUGGCGAGGUUGUGGUUAAUAAAGAAGGAAAGAAUGAGAUACUCGGGUCACCAACCGACACAGCGAUAUUGGAGUUUGGGUUGUCACUUGGUGGAGACUUUCAAGCCGAACGUGAGUCAACAAAAGUCAUCAGAGUCGAACCGUUUAAUUCUACGAAGAAGCAAAUGGGAGUGGUGUUGGAGCUUCCGGAAGGUGGUGUGAGAGCUCAUUGUAAAGGUGCUUCGGAAAUAGUCUUGGCUGCUUGCGACAAAGUAAUUAAUCGAAACGGUGAAGUUGUUACUCUUGACGAUGAACUGCUUAGUUAUUUAAAGAGUACGAUUGAUACAUUUGCUGGUGAAGCUCUUAGAACUUUGUGUCUGGCAUAUAUGGAUUUGGAAGAUGGUGUAUCUGCGGAUACUCCAAUUCCGUCUUCGGGUUAUACUUGUAUUGGGAUUGUGGGAAUUAAAGAUCCCGUCCGUCCAGGUGUCAAGGAAUCAGUGGCUCUUUGUAGAUCAGCUGGUAUAACGGUCCGUAUGGUUACAGGAGACAACAUAAAUACUGCGAAAGCUAUAGCUAGGGAAUGUGGGAUACUUACAGAUGACGGGAUUGCAAUCGAGGGUCCAGAUUUCCGCGAGAAGAGCAUGGAGGAAUUACUCGAAAUAAUUCCAAAGAUUCAGGUUAUGGCUCGAUCUUCACCUCUAGAUAAGCACACACUGGUGAAACACUUGAGAACAACGUUUGGUGAGGUUGUGGCGGUUACUGGUGACGGAACUAAUGAUGCUCCGGCACUUCAUGAAGCAGACAUAGGCCUUGCGAUGGGCAUUGCUGGAACCGAGGUAGCCAAAGAGAGUGCAGACGUUAUUAUUCUGGACGACAAUUUCUCCACAAUUGUCACGGUGGCCAAAUGGGGACGAUCGGUCUAUGUUAACAUUCAAAAAUUUGUACAGUUUCAGCUAACUGUCAAUAUAGUUGCUUUAAUAGUCAACUUCACUUCAGCUUGUUUAACAGGGACCGCGCCCCUGACAGCUGUCCAACUGUUGUGGGUGAACAUGAUCAUGGAUACGUUGGGAGCGUUGGCACUAGCAACCGAGCCUCCAAAUGAUGAGUUAAUGAAGAGAGCUCCGGUUGGAAGAAAGGGAAACUUUAUAAGCAAUGUCAUGUGGAGGAAUAUAUUCGGGCAGGCUGUGUACCAGUUUGGCGUUAUUUGGCUACUUCAAACGAACGGGAAAUCAUUUUUCGGCCUUGAUGGAGAUGAUUCGGAUCUUAUCCUCAACACGCUCAUUUUCAAUUCCUUCGUCUUUUGUCAGCUCUUUAACGAGGUUAACUCCAGGGAAAUGGAGAAAGAAAAUGUUUUAGAUGGCAUAUGGAAGAAUAAGGUUUUUAUAAGUGUUAUCGCUUCAACUGUCGUUUUCCAGGUUAUAAUAAUCGAGUGCCUGGGUACUUUCGCGAAUACAUCACCAUUAACAGCGACUCAAUGGUUGUUUAGUAUUCUUACCGGAUGUUUAAGCAUGCCGAUUGCUGUGUUCUUGAAGAGGAUCCCUGUUUGAGGUAGCAUGAAGUCAUGAAGCAAGGCUACUACUUGACAUCAUUUUAGCUUUUUCAGAAAGUCAUUAGUUUUAGGUUUGAUUCUAGUAAUAUGUACAUUUAUUAUGUAUUAGAAUGCACUAUGUAAAGCUUAACUUUUUAAAUCCAGUUAUGAUGAUGUACAUUAAGUGCAACUAUUAUCAAGAAACAUUUCAUUUAAA